CUUCCGCCUCCUGGAAACCGCCGUGUGUCGCCUCUUUGGUUCCCACCCAAACAAACAAAGCUCAUGGAGAUUUCUCCCCCCUCAGAAACAGCUCUGUGUCCCGGACAGCUGACCCCGUCAGUUAGCUGGACUUGUUAUCAGAAAAUCAAGCUCCUGUUAGCCGGUUACGAUAUCUUUCUGUAACGGUAUUUAACUGACGGUUUGUAAUUCCAGCCGUUGCGCAACACUAACGUUAACCUAGCUAGCUGCGAGCCUCCAAACAGCAGCAGCAGGAGAGAUGACAAGCCGUUUGUCGGUUACAGGCUGUACUUUAAAACGGGUUUGACAAGCACGGAUGACAGCCCCGGUUCGGCUCCUGCUUGGAGAAGAUCAGAUGUUGAAGAAAAUUUGUUGAGUCAAGCUAGUUACCAGCACACUGAGCAGCCGUGUACAUUAACCACCAUCCCUCAACUCUCCCCCCUCCCUACCUCCCUCCCUCCUGUUUGCUCUGCUGCGGUCCCAUCCUGUGCUUUUCCACUCCAGUAACUAUGAGUGCAAUGCGUGUGGACGCCAAAGUGGUGAUGCUGGGGAAGGAGAGCGUGGGCAAGACCAGCCUGGUGGAGAGAUACGUUCAUCAUCGCUUCUUGGUCGGACCGUACCAGAACACUAUCGGUGCUGCUUUUGUUGCCAAACCAAUCCAGGUGGGAGAGAAAGUGAUCACCCUGGGAAUAUGGGACACAGCUGGAUCCGAGCGCUACGAAGCCAUGAGCCGAAUCUACUACAGAGGAGCCCGGGCAGCCAUAGUCUGCUAUGACCUGACCGACAGCAGCAGCUUCCAGCGAGCUCGGUUCUGGGUGAAGGAGCUGCAGAACUGCGAGGAACACUGUAAGAUCUACCUGUGUGGCACUAAGAGCGACCUGAUUGGAGGAGACCGGAGCCUGCGGCAAAUCGACUACCACGAUACUCAGGACUUUGCUGACGAGAUCGGUGCGCUGCAUUUUGAGACCUCCAGUAAAACAGGAAACAACGUGGACGAGUUGUUCCAGAGAGUUGCUGAGGAUUACAACAGCACUGCCCUCCAGUAUAUGACCGCGGAGGAAACAGGCGUGGACUUGGGCCAGAAGAAAGACUCAUAUUUCUACUCCUGUUGUCAUAACAACUGAUGCCGAGCAACAGGAAGGGGAUCACCUUCCCUCGGCCGGAGCAAAAACCUGGAUAUGCCUGGACGGACGGCCGGAUAACUCGGCUCUGGAGCUGGGAUCCAACUCCCGAGAGGAAGAAGACCUCAGUACUGCUUACUGUUUAUACCUUACUGUACACGUUCAUUACUUUAGUGCCAUAAAGAACUGCCGGCUGCAAGACCACGGAAGAGGAUCUACUGCUGCAACUGUUCCUGGGUGGGAGAGGGACCUAAAACCCUAAACUCUCACCCAGUUAACUCCCUUUUCUUCUUCAGCUUCUUCUGAGCUGGCCCCUGGAAGUAAACCUAUCUCUGAAGCUGCGGAGUUCAUCAAUCUGAAGUUAAAAAGAGGGAUCCCGCCGAACACGGACUGGCAGAGACAACCUGGUUGUUGUAGCGAGGGCAGUGCCUCAGGAGGGUGAAUGCUUUGUUUACAGCGCUGGGUUUUUGUUUACGUAUUUAACCUUGCUGUGGAAACCCGUCUGUUACACCUGCACGAAUGACGCCAACGGAGUGAAGCCAACUACGAUAUAUAAAAAACAAAACACUCCGGUGUUUCCAGUCAUACUUAAUUCAAAUAAAUUCCCUUUUUUUUUUGCAAAUCUAGUAUAAUGGAGUGAUACCAAUUAUCUUUAUAAAGGCCUUAAUACUCGCAGUAGGAAUGUGUGUGUGUGUGUCCAAAAUUCAACUUCCCAGAGCGUUGGCUCUUCAGCGUUUACCACCACAUUAUGGAUGUAAUACAGCUACUGGAUACAGCGCCACCACGCAGCCAGUGGCCACUCACGGUACUGCAACUUAGAGCUGCAAAGAUUAUUCGAUUAGUUGUCAACUAAUAAAUGAAUCGCCAACUAUUUUGAUAAUUGAUUAAUCGGUUUGAGUAAUUUUUAUUGAAAAGAAAUUCUGAUUCCAGCUCCUCAAAUGUGAAUAUGUUCUAGUUUCUUCUCUCCUGACAGUUGAAGGUGCUGUAGGAAGGAUUGUGAAGGUCCAGGACUUAGCCAAAAAAUGUGAACAUCGACAACUUCUCAGUCUCUCCCCCCUUUCCGCUAAAGCCCAAAACAGUCUCCUAAGCCCCUCCCCCCACAAGAGAGAAUUAAUGUGUGUGCAUGAGCAGUGAUUGACACGCAGGUAGACACCCCCCCUGGCCCUGAUUGGUGCAUCUGAACAGGGAGCGGUGGAUUUUUGCAAAUCGCACUACAGGCUGGAGGUGGUGUCAGAGGAGCUGGGUUUAUUUUUAAAUGACCCGCUUCAUGUAGUUCUACUGGAACAUAGGCUGACAGAAAGUUAGUUUUAUAAGGCUCACCUACUGCAUCUUUAAAUUAAUAUCUUUGAGUUGUGGACAAAACGAGACAUUUGAGGACGUCCUGUUGGGCUUUGGAAAGCAGCGAUUGACAUUUGUCAACAGUUUCGGAGAUUUUAUAAACCAAACAACUAAUCGAAUAAUCAACAGAUUAAUAGACAAUGAAAAUAAUCGUUAGUUGCAAUAAAAACACAAAUUCUUUUCCACAUAGACGACCAUCCUAAAAGAGACCCCUUUAAAACCUCUUAAAGGGGCCAGCAGGUAGAAGCUGGGAAACGUUUUCCCAGCGAGCAAAAAUGAAUGGCGGACAUCUUUUGGAGUUUGGUAUCGAGUAUGCUGUAAUGUAUCCAUAGUGACAGAGAGCACAACAUGUAUCUGAUACGUUAUCUUUUUCAGCAUAAGCUACCGUUCUGAUUUUAAGGUUCCUAAAACGCCCUGUAAUUAAAUUGCAUGGGCUGAGGUGACUGGAAGAACAUUUUAACAACCGUUAACUUUUCUACAUUUAAAUGCACAGUACACACGUGGAAAUGUGACUGUCAGAUUUUCUUUCGGUGUCUUGUGGCAGUGAAAUGUUCCUUUUUAAGAAACUCUUCUACAGAAAGAUGAUCAAAGUCCCCCCCCCUCCCACUGUGGUGACAAACUGCUUCCCAACACAGAAAAAGACAACGUUGUGGGUGAACACGGCUCAGACUGUCAUUUCAGUGUCCUCAGAACAAUAUCUACAGCUGUAUUUAACAUGAGACUCUAAUUUAUUGCCUUUUAAGUUGUGCUGCCAGGAAGAUGUGCGGAAAUAAAAAAAAAAGAAAAGAAAAAGACACUAUCCGUUUCCUCCGUGUUGCUGCUUUGACGUGUUGAUGUUUCACGUGUUGAUGUUUCGAUGCACCGUAUUUAACGAGGGCUGUCCAGUGUCAACUACAAAUGUGUUUUCUGUUAAUUAUAGUGCGUUUCAUUUGUACUCGGCAGUCGGAUUUUCCGAGGUCAAAGUGGGAAACGCGCCCCCCCUGACCUCGGGCAACCACCGAGUACCCCGAGCUAAAACUCCAACAUGGCUGCCCCGUGCAUCGAGAGUUGUGAAAGCUGCGGUAACAUACCGUUAUUAACACUUCUGUCUUAUUUGUGUCUCACUAAAUCAAUCGUUCACACAGUCCUGUCCAACUUCUAUCUGUGCUUUUUGUGAAAACAAACAGCGUAAUGCGUUGUUAUCCACUGGCACUGCUAACAGUGGCUAACAGUGGCUAGAGCUAAUGGAAACGAUGAAAACCUGACUUGUAAGUGGAACGCAUUUAACUCGGGUGUGACGUCAUCGCGGUAAAUGGAACGCACUAUAAAAGCUUAAUGUCUGAAGGCUCUGAUAGAUUUUAUAGUGAUUGAUCUACAAUUUCUUUGCCUUUGUGUGUAAUCUGAGCUUUUUAUGCAUUCAAGUGAAAAAUAAUGGCGAUAUACUGUUUGUAAAACUGUAAAACGUAUUGAAAAUCAUCACAGACCAUAACAUUAAUGCAUCAUCGCCUACAGAUCUGAAUCUGUGGCGAACAGAAAUACAUGUCUUUCUACCAGAGUUUGGGGUUUCCAGACGGUUUUUUUCUUAUUCCACUUGCAGAUAGUUUUAUCUCUCCCCACCCUGAAAGAAGGAAAAAAAAGCUUGUGCCUCAAAAAGGGACGUUAUAAUAAGCCAAAUAAAGCGAAACUGUCCCCGGGAACAGAACAAACCCACGAAUGGUUUAGCCUAUCACCUGUACUUUAUAUUGCGAAAGAACAUCUGUUUUUCAGCUUCCUUCAAGGUUGUGGGCAUUUUCUAAACUGUCCUCGGUGGUGCGUUGAGGGACGCUUUGAUGUUAGAAUUAUCAUUAGCCAAUAAAACAGUCUUAUUACAGAGUAUCUGCAGGUCUUAACAUAUUAAAAAGCAUUCAUUUAAGGCCUCUAAAAAAGGCCUUAGGUUUUUAAAAAGUCUGACAUUUAAUUCACAAAAAACUAAUUGAAUCAUUAUGUUUUGCUGCUGCUCAUCACUUUUGAAUUGAUUCAUUAUAAUAUUAGAAAUGAUGGUUAUAUACAGCUGGGAACUAUAGAAAAAAGGUGUGAUCUAAAUGUUAAUAAAUUUUCUUAAUGAUUGUAAGCCUUAUUAUCCCUACUGGUAUUACGUCAUUCUUUGACCAGUAUGACUGCGAAAUAGGUAUUAGACUGCAGUCUGUGGUCUAAAAAUAAGCUAAGUGAAGUGAACACUGCAGAAACAGUGUAUCAAGAAUAAUGAAACUAGAAAUCCAUAAACCUAAAAUAUGCUUUGGAAAAUGUAGAAUACAUAUGUGACAUAAGUGGGAAAAGAAGUGUGUGGAAACUCACCUUUGUUUUGUUUUCAGCAGUGUUGGUCUCACCUUCUCCAUCUUCACGAUGCUGCGAAAAAAAAAAAAAAAAGUACAUCACGUGAUUUACCGUACGUCAACUUUAAAACAAGGAGAUAAAAUGAGAAGUAAAACUUACUUGGUUCUGGUGCGGUGUGAAGAACUUUCUGGACUCUAAACCGAUGACUACACAAGCUGAUUUACACCGGAGAGCUCAUUCACAAUGUUCCUGUUAUAAAGGCAGAUCUAUUUAUUGAAUACCAUUAUUUUGGAGUGCUAUGUAUGUAUUGUGAAUGUAUUGCUACAUGUUUGCACUCAUUUUCACAGUCUGGCUUGUGACUAUGACCAUUUUCUUUGCAAAGCUUAAUUUAAAUCUUUAAUACAGGGACACCUGAGGGUUUCGGAGUGCCAACGCUGCCUUUUCUUUUCCACUGUUGAUUCACCAACACUAAAUCUCUGGCUUAUUUUUCUUUUACUUUUGUUGUUUUACUCACCUGUGGCUAACCCACACAGGUGUUUCUACGUAUUGUGGCUGGUUAGACCUCUUCUCUGGCCUCUGAACAAACGGGACCUUCUUCUUUCUCAUGGCUGAAUCCAAACGGUAUUGCACGCCGUCUCCGGCAACAACUUAAAGCUGUGCAAAGUGAAUAAUAAAGUUUACCACAGCAUCUCCA